AUGGAUGAAGAUGAUAAAGGAUGGCUCGAUAAGCGCAAUGAAAAGGCCCAGGACAACCUUGCCAAUGCAUUGAAGGAAAUUGCCUCUGAUGCCGGUCGGCCUGACUCUGCUCAAAUUGAAGCCUUACUGAUAAAAGAUCCAUCAAAGUAUCGUUUCAUCUCCGAAGACGAGUUUGAAACAAUCAUGUACGUGUUUGAGCGAACCACCUGCGAUCGCCAUCCCCUUUUGGAACUCGAUCUAUCCAAACUUCCCCCCCUUUCCGAGUUGUUACCACAAUUUGAGCCUGACUCCUUGUGUUCCACCCUUGCACUACCCGAACUCCCCGUACAACCGAACGACCUUUCUAUCAUUACAAGUAACUUAACAUCAAAACCUCAUAAUUAUAACAAACCAUCGCCUACUGUGAACAUGUCAUCUCAAGAGUUGAAAUGGUCUGCCGAAAAUCCUUUCCGACACUUGUUUUUACUUAAGCCUUGUGCAUAUGCUGUGUACGACUGGUGGAAGCUUAGGCGUCAGGCGCGCGAAGGAAGGCCCAUCGUUCCCUCUCUGAACUCGGAUGAAAGUAAUGAGAAUGACCCCUAUGUUUGCUUUCGACGCCGCGAGGUCAAGAGUGCCCGUAAGACGCGUAAAACUGAUACCCUUCAACUUGAAAAGCUGGUGCGUCUUGAGUCAGAACUCGGACAAGCAAAGUCGCUCUUUUUCAUGGUUGCUCAGCGAGAACGUUUGAAAGAACGCGAAAUAUCUGAAGCAAAGGAGUGUUGGGCUCAUGCCCAUGAGCUCAUGACCUUGAAACGACGCUGGAGCAUUAUUGGCCCAGAUAAGGGACAUGAGGAUGAAAGCCUCUUCUUUGGAAUCCAGCCGGACCCAACGGCUCCAAUUCAUUCUUCCGCAGCGUUACAAAAUACUCAGUUGAUGAAGAAGAAACGCAAGGCUGAUGAAAUUUCAUCACCCUCAGCGGUCACCUCGACAACGCUAAAGCUUCGUCGCCCCAAGUCUGAAACGGAAAGCACAUCAAAUGCUAAAGCUGUUUCUGACAAUUCUGCGUUAAAAAGCUCGUCACUCAUGGAACGUACUACUGCUAUGCAACAAUAUAUCGACCGCGAAUGCACACUAAGACAACAAGUCGAUGCGGGUGUGGAGGAUCUAACGGAUACAGCCUUCCAGCCUGUUGUGGCUCCUCCUGCGUUGCGUGCGUUUCGACCUAUUCAGUCGGACAAUCAUGAUACCCACUUCUGGUCGAACCACCCAUUUGCUCGCCCUGGCAGACAGUCCUGUUUUCGUCGCCGCAUAGGGCGCGGUGGGCGUAUUUUCCUUGACCGUCGGCCUAUUGCUGUAAGUCCUGCACCAGCAAAUAUAGGCGCUUGGCCUCGGCAGCGCCAGAAUGGAUUUCCUCUUGCUACGUUUGGGUUUGAUCGUUCGUUUGAUCCAAUGAAGCGCGCAGAUGCCACAGGUCGCAUCUUGGGAGCGACGGAUUCAUUCCGUUAUCAUACACCUCUCAUUCACUCAGCUCGUGUGGCACCCAUGCUUCUACCCACACCUGACUUAUCUUGGGAUCCUUUGAAUUCCAAAGACCCGCGUGCUCCAUUGACACAUAAUCCAGACUUGCAAUUCAAGUGUCUAAGUAAAAAUGGCGCCUAUCACGUGCCGCAAGGUACUGACGAUGCCAGCGUGUCAUCCGACUCUACUGAUCAUACUCACAUGACUGAUGAUACUGCAGACGGGCAAAGUACGCAGGCGACGGAUUUGGAUCAAGACGAGGAAGCCAUGAAGGAAGACAAAGACGGUGCAUAUGUGGCUCGCAAACGAGACCUGAAUGUGGAGGAAGAGUCUGUGGAAGAACAAAUGGAGCGCGCCCAAAAAUUAGCUGAGCGAUGGCGCUACAACGAAGAUGGAGGACGUUACGCGGGUCUUGGCUUGCUUGGCCUAGGCGGGAUGGAGGGUGAUGAAGAGGCAGUCCUGGAUGACUAUGAUCAGCGCUUUAUUCGUUACCGCAUGUCUCUGCUAGAUGAGACAAAUUUGCUUAAACUUUCAACAGAUUGGACAUAUAUGCGACAAGCUUUGAUUGCUGCUUCUUCGAACGCUCAAUCAAAGCCAACCAUUGCAGUGGGUACAGAUAAUGCAAAGAACGCGAACUCAGCAGAAGCACCUACCGGGCGCAUGUCUGAGUCCAUGAAUGCUGCAAGUCCAUUAUCUUCCGACACCAAAGAAACUUCAACUAAAUCGAACUGA